AUGAGUCAAGCACUCACCAGAUCAAUCUCUCGCAUCUCGGCGAGAUUUCUUCUUUUCUCGCCAACGAUUAUUAAUCAACAACGCAUCCUCAACGCUUCACUUGCUCCUAAUCUUCGCCCUUCUGCCGCGCUCUUAUGGUCGUCUCCGUUCUCCAGUUACGUCCGCGAUCUCAAUUAUGUUAUUGAACCACCGAUCAAGUGGGGGCGUUGUAUUGUGCCGGAGAAGAGAGCCUAUGUCAUUGAGCGAUUCGGGAAAUACGUCAAGACCCUUACUACUCCUGGAACUCACCAACUGAUUCCAUUUGUUGAUCGAGUUGCUUACGCGCACUCAUUGAAGGAAGAGGCUAUUCAUAUUCCAGAUCAGACAGCUAUUACCAAGGAUAAUGCCAGCAUCUCCAUUGAUGGGGUUCUCUAUGUUAAGAUCGUGGACCCGAAAUUGGCUUCUUAUGGGGUGGAAAAUCCUCUGUAUGCAGCUACUCAACUCGCACAGACAACUAUGCGUAGUGUGUUUGGUCAAAUAACGUUGGACAAAUCUUUUGAGCAACAAGACACCCUCGAUGUGAAGAUAGUGAUGGCUAUAAAUGAUGCUGCAAAGGACUGGGGUUUGAAAUGCCUCCGUUAUGAAAUAAAGGAUAUUUCUCCCUCACGUCGAGUCAAGGCAGCUAUGGAGAUGCUGGCAGAAGCUGAGCGUAAGGUUCUGGAAUCUGAAGCACAAAGGCAUGCUUGGAAGAAGCAAAAAUGGAGGAAGAAGCAAAAAUGGACCAUCGAGCUCAAGGAGAAGCACAAGCCCUGCAAGAAAUAA